AUGGCGGAGUUUCGACAGGCCAAGCACACAAUUAUCUUGGUGCAGUACACACGCGAUCCAAACUCGCGCACGUAUCUAGACUUUGAGUCGGUGAACGGCGGCAUGGACGGUGUAGUGAAGAUGUACGAGGCAAAGCUCAAGCAGCUAAACCCGAAUUUGAAGAACAUUACGUACGACAUUCAGGACUUGUAUACGUACAUUGAUUCGCUCACGGAUCUUAGCGCUCUCGUCUUGGACCUGGAGACCAAGACGUAUCUGCCCUGUGAUAGAGAGGAGGAAUGGAUGGUGCUUUGUUUUGGACAGGAAACGACAGUUGUAGAGGAAUUAGUUGCAGAACCACACUGA